CGCAUUUCGCGGAGGGUGAGAAUUCGGAGGAGCCUGCUGGGGGGAUGAUGCUCCUCGAAGUCUGACCACCAAGUAGCGUUCAUCGUCUGCAAUCGUCCGCCGGUAUCAGAAAGAAGAUGUGGGAUCGCGAAAGGAAAACCUGGAUCGUCGUCCUCCUGGCCAACGUGCUGCUGAAUAUCGUCACCGCUUCCCCAAUCUAUGUCCCGCAAUUUAUUCCAGGAAAUACGGGAAGGAACAUCAGGCACUUGCCGUGCGUAUCACGGAGAACUGGCGAGACUGGCGUUUGCAUGUUCGCAUUCACGUGCGCGAAGGCGAAUGGCACGCACCUUGGCACUUGCAUCGACCGUUUCUACUUCGGUAGCUGUUGCAAGAUAGACGAGGAACCCGACAUUUUCCCCCAGGACAACAGUAUCGAUGAUGGAUCGCCUGGAAGGCCGUUCGUCACGACUCACGGGCCAAUUGAGAGCAACGACAUACCCGAGUACUUCUCAAAGCCGAAACCGAUCAACGAGAAGAAACCAUCUGGAACGUACUCCACCGAGGAAACGACCAACGGGUACACCACGCAGAGUAUUCGUACACAAGCAACCACCGUAAAAGAAACGACCAAAGUGGCAACUAAAAAGCCAGCGCCGACGACCACUCAAAGGCCAACGACACUAGAAACUGCGACAAGGCCAUCAACCACCACGCAAACGUUCAUCGAAACGACUAAAUUCGUUAGCAAAAAACCAAUUCACUCGUCCACGACGCACAAACCAGUUCACUCGACCGUUCACAGGCCCACCAACGCAACCACAUCUACGACAACGACUCAGUCGACCACCGAAUCGACAACUUUGAAAACUGUAAUCACCACUACUCAAAGAGUUACUCCAGUUACGAGGUUCCCGCCAAGAAACGCGACAACUGCGAGACCUUUGACCCACGCUACCACCAGGAAACCUACGACCAGCACUAAGAAACCAACAGCCAGCACCACUACAAGAAGACCAACGCCCAUCACGAAGAAACCAACUACACCCUCGAGAAGACCAUCCUCCUCUUCUACAACAGUAAAGCCAACUACGAGUAUCGGUUUAACCACUUUGUCGUUAUCAACGACGACAACGAAACCUCUCUUGACGUCCAUCAAGCAUCGACCAACCAUCGCCACGACUACCGAGAACGUCUCGUUUUCCACGGAGACGAAACCUUUAAUCACCACCACGGAAAGCGUAACUGUUCAAAAAUUCACGACCAGUGUCGCUACGACCAAGCCUGCUACCCAAAAAGUGAAGCCGACGACGGUUCGAACGACAACGACCGCCAAGCCGUUAACAACUGCCCCGAGGCCAAAGCCGACGAAGAUCUCGAGCGCGACAACGACCCCGAAUCCCGUGUCCAAGCCAGAACACGCAACGACCACCGAGAGAACGGCACCUCUGUCGUCGAUCGAUGUUUCCACCGUUGCCGUUACGAAACCUAGACCAACGGUAGAAUCGACGAAGCCUACGAAACCUACGUGGGGCAAGCCUUCCUCGACGACAUCCCCGACUGUGCUCAGUUCCAGCACCGUAACGAAUACCAGUUUCGCGUCUUCGUCAUCCGUCGACACGACCACCACCAGCACGCCAGCGUACGCCCCUACAACGAAGGUGUCGGUUGUUAAUCAAACCACGGAAGAAACGUUUCAGACAACCUAUUCACCUGGACUCGUGACGUGGACGUCGAGUUCGGACGACACGAUCACGAAGACUCCGGAUGUGUCUUCGACGGCAACCACGCAACCAGAUCAAACGGAAAGCGAAUGGACUCCAAUAAUAACCACUCCAGAUGGUUGGAUCAUGAUUCAGUCGCCCACCACCAAAAAACCGCAAACAACGGAGGACACGACUGAUAAACUUAUUCCAGACUCUACGUCACAAUCUAUGACUUCUGCUAAACCAACGACAGAAACUAGUACAGAGCACGUGACGAAGAGACCCACUAUCUUGACAACUCUGUCCUCGAUCGCCAGCGUGACGAUAGACACCGAGCUUCCGGUACCAAUGGAAACGCUCAACAUGUCGGAUUACAAGCAAGAUCUCGUUACGACAAUGGAGAACGUCGACGUAUCUGCACAAAUGCGGAGCAGCUUUGCUCAACGAGAAUUGGGCAAUAACGGCAGCGCAUUGCGUCGAAAACGUACCACCCAGCGACUUGUUGCUGAGGAUCGGCGAGCAUGACCUCGCGAACGAGGACGAACCAUACGGCUAUCAAGAGAGAAGAGUUCAAAUCGUGGCCAGCCAUCCCCAAUUCGAUCCUCGGACCUUCGAGUACGAUCUCGCUUUAUUGAGGUUCUACGAGCCUCUGUUACCGUUCCAGCCGAACGUGUUGCCGAUCUGCUUGCCGGACGACGACGAAACUUACGUCGGUCGUACUGCUUAUGUCACCGGUUGGGGCCGGCUUUACGACGAGGGCCCGUUGCCAUCCACCCUUCAAGAAGUGGCCGUGCCCGUGAUAAAUAACACAAUGUGCGAGAUCAUGUACAGAAAUGCUGGAUACAUUGAACACAUUCCACACAUUUUUAUUUGCGCCGGAUGGCGGAACGGAGGGUUCGACUCCUGCGAGGGUGACAGCGGCGGACCUAUGGUGAUCCAAAGGGCACGCGACAAACGAUGGAUGCUGGCCGGGGUGAUCAGUUGGGGUAUAGGUUGCGCGGUCCCCAAUCAACCCGGAGUUUACACCCGUAUCUCCGAGUUCCGCGAAUGGAUAAACCAAAUUCUGCAAUUCUAAAUUCCCGAGCAGCGGUGGGGGGCCGCCUAUCGUUUCAAAAAGUGAUGAUGAUUGCUGGAGACCAGCACGAUCCGAAGGAUGUACGAGCUGCGUGCGAUGGCAAAUCUGCGCGCCUGUACAUAAUAUAACAUAGAACGACACAGUUUCCCUCGUGGAAAGCUUUGCAUGUGGCGAACAUUGAGAAAGAGAAGAGGAGGAGAAGAGAGAGAAAAAAAUGCGACGUAUGAACGUACAUGUUACGUCCCCGUGAAAAUGUAAUCAAACACCGUGCAUCUAUAGUAAGAUUGACGCUUUGCGCCACGUGAUUUAUACGAUCCAUUGCGUGACGCUGUUACUAUCCACGUGUGGGUGGAUUUUUGAUCGAUCGUAUCGUUUUACUCGCGCGUGUGUGUUUCACGUAGCUCCGAGCGUGAAGCUAUGAAACGAUCGUCCCGUUGAUAAGUAAUGCCACCUUUCGCUCGUAUCACGAUUUCAGUCCUCGAACUAGCGUACCGAGU